ACUAUUAUUGAUAAUUUACGUUAAUUGCUCGUAAAAUAAAUAAUAUAUAAAUUUAACUUUGUUCUAUUAUAUUCGACCGUAAUCUAUUCAAUCAAUUGAACACACGUUUUUGACAGUUCUUUUCAGUUAGCGGGUAGUUUAUUUAACUUUUACAUAGAAUAAAAAGUAAAAAUAAAAAUAAAAUUAUUUAUAUUUCGAUACAAUAUUAUUAAAUCUCGUUUUUGAAAGUGUAUGUAAAUUUCUAUUUCAAAAUUGAAUAAAGAAUGAAGAAUGGUUAAGUCAAUAAUGUAUAGGUUAAACAUGAAUCUUUUAAAGUGAUUAUAUUAUUAAAAGUAAUAAAAAAAAUGGAUAACGUUUCGACUGCAGAGUGUUUAACUCUUGAUUUUGGUCCCUUUGAAACUGUUCAUCGUUGGCAACGUAUGCCAGAAUGCGACGAAUUCGUUGGUGCUAGGCGUAGCAAACAUACUGUUGUAGCCUAUAAAGAUGCAAUCUAUGUGUUUGGUGGUGAUAAUGGUAAAAGAAUGUUAAAUGAUUUGUUGAGAUUUGAUGUGAAAGAAAAAUCUUGGGGACGUGCAUUUGCAACAGGAGCACCUCCUGCCCCAAGAUAUCAUCAUUCUGCAGUUGUGCAUGAUUCUUCUAUGUUUGUAUUUGGUGGUUAUACUGGUGAUAUACAUUCCAAUUCAAAUCUCACCAAUAAAAAUGAUUUAUUUGAGUACCGAUUCCAAACUGGUCAAUGGACAGAAUGGAAAUUUAUUGGGAAAACACCCGUAGCUAGAUCUGCACAUGGAGCUGCUGUGUAUGAUAAUAAAUUAUGGAUAUUUGCUGGCUAUGAUGGUAAUGCAAGAUUGAAUGAUAUGUGGACUAUAUCAUUAUUACCUGGAGAAUUAAGAGUAUGGGAAGAAGUUGAUCAAUCUGGUGAUUGUCCACCAACAUGUUGCAAUUUUCCUGUUGCUGUAGCACGUGAAUCUAUGUUUGUAUUCAGUGGUCAAAGUGGAGCUAAAAUUACAAAUAGUCUCUUUCAAUUUCACUUUCGAGAAAAACGAUGGACGCGAAUUUCAACGGAACAUAUACUUCGUGGUGCACCACCUCCGCCAGCACGACGAUAUGGUCAUACUAUGGUUAGCUUUGAUAGAUAUCUUUAUGUAUUUGGUGGAGCAGCUGAUUCUACGCUACCAAAUGAUCUUCAUUGUUAUGAUCUUGAUACACAAACGUGGAAUAUUAUUUUGCCAUCUGCUGAUAGUCAGGUUCCAUCUGGUCGUCUGUUUCAUGCGGCAGCAGUAAUUGGAGAAGCGAUGUUUAUUUUUGGUGGAACAGUUGACAAUAAUGUACGAUCUGGAGAGACAUAUCGAUUUCAAUUUUCGUCAUAUCCAAAAUGUACUUUGCAUGACGAUUUUGGAAGAUUGUUAAGCGGACGUCUUUUCUGUGAUGUAGAAUUUAUAGUAGGAGAUACAGAAACAAAAAUACCUGCUCACAUAGCUAUGGUAGCAGCUCGUUCGCAAUUUCUUAGGACUCGUAUUAGACACGCUCGAGAAAAACGAGAUAAACAUAUGGAAGAAGUAUUUGGAACUGUCGAUAUACCGAUUAAAGAUAUGCCAUUGUUAGAGGUAAGACUGAAAGAUGCUGUGCCAGAAGCAUUUGAAAUGGUCCUAAACUAUAUUUACACUGAUCGUAUUGAUCCAACGAAAAGAAACGAAGACGGAUCGAGCAGUCGUGUUGCUGAAGAUCCAUUAAGCAAUCGAAUUGUACUUCUUAUGAUGGAUGUCUAUCGUUUAGCUUUACAGUUCAAUAUGAAAAGAUUAGAACAAUUGUGUGUCCAGUAUCUAAAAGCAACUAUAAGUCGUGCUAAUGUUUUGGAAGCAUUGCGUAAUGCUGCUCAUUUAAAACUUUAUUUCAUAAAAGAGUUUUGUUUGAGUUUUAUCGUGAAAGAAAAUAAUUAUAAUCAAAUUGUAAUGAGUAAAGAAUUUGAGACUUUAGAUCAACCUUUAAUGGUGGAAAUUAUUAGGAAAAGACAAAUGCCUCAAAAAGGUGCAUUUCCUAGACAAUUUGAUCUUAAUGCAGGAACAACUUUGGAACAGGAUAUGGAAGCAUUUCUUAAAAGUGUUGGCAGAGAAUUUUGUGAUAUAACGCUCAUGUUAGAUGGUGUGCCAAUUCCAGCUCAUAAAGCUGUUCUUGCGGCACGAUGUAGCUAUUUCGAGGGAAUGUUCCGUUCUUUUAUGCCAGAAAAUAAUACUGUGAAUAUACAAAUCGGUGAAAUGAUCCCAUCUUCUGAAUCAUUCGAUUCUUUAUUAAGGUACAUUUAUUAUGCAGAUGUUUCGAUGCCACCCGAAGAUUCUUUAUAUUUAUUUACCGCACCAGUUUUUUAUGGUUUUACAAAUAAUCGAUUGCAAGCAUUUUGCAAACAAAAUCUUGAAAUGAACGUUACUUUUGAAAAUGUUAUACAAAUUUUGGAAGCUGCGGAUAGAAUGCAAGCUGUUGAUAUGAAAAAAUAUGCAUUAAAUCUUAUCGUGCAUCACUUUACAAAGGUUGCAAGGUUACCGAAGUUAAAGCAAUUAAGUCGCGAACUUUUACUGGAUAUUCUGGAAGCAUUGGCCGAUGAACGUAGUGAAGCUCGAACAUGUCAAGACAUGGCGAAUGAUUGCUGACGGAUCUCGGGCUCACAUCGUCGUCCCCGUAGUUGGGAUUUGCCUUCGCCCUCGAGCUUUCAACCUGGAACUUUCCGAGAAUACGAGCAAGAAACAUCGUCCGUUCAAAAUCACAAUUGUACGUUCACAAACGACACGUGAAAUGUUACUCACAGGGGAGAUUGUAUAAUAUUUUUCUCAUGUGUAUAUUUUGUCGACAAUGUAUAAAAAAGAAACACCCAUCGAUCCCCAGCGUUAUAAAUAUGUACAUUAAACGUCUCGCAAUGUAAGAUAAUUUAUUGGAUAAAAGUAUAAGUUUGUACAGAAUAUAUAUAUAUAUAUAUAU